UUAAAUUAAAAUAUAUCAAGAAAAUAGUAUUAGCUUAUAGUAUUUAUGCUUAACCAAUUGAAAUGGCAAAACCCACAAUUAAAUUGCGCUAUUAUCUCAUGGAUGAGGUUUGUAUACACAAUAAGAAGACGGACUUUUGGAUUGUAAUACACAAGAAUGUUUUUGACUUGACGCCCAUGAUCGAGGAUCGGCGCGAUCAUUGGAAUCGCAACAUGGACUAUCUGGUGGCACAUGGCGGCAAGGAUCUAAGCCAUUUUUUUCAUGAAAAUGGCGAACCACGCACCGAAAUCUCUGUCAACUCGGGCCGUCCACGUGUUCUGUUUCCGCCCAUUCUGGAGGUGGCCAUCAGCGAGUUCGCCAAGACGAAGCACGCCAUGUGGAGUCAGGAUCCGUUCUAUCACAUUGGUCGCGUUACCCGGCGACCGCGUCGCCUGCGCCUGAUAAACGCGCUAACUGGCACAGUGCAGCAUAUGACCGUCUGUGAUGAGGACAGCAUCUAUGAUAUACAGCAGAAAUACAAGUUCCGGUACAAUCAUCAUGCGGGCAGCUACGAAUGGCGCAAGUUCUCAAAUGGCGCUAAGAUCUGCGGUGUGCUGAAUCUGAAUGCCACCUUGGAUGGGAAUGGCCUCACGGAUGAUGAGGAUUGCGAUGUGGAACUGCCGCCGCCCUCCAUUUGGCUUUACUACACAGAUGACUUGACCAUCGCUUGAUUGGGCAUUUGGCAAUUUGUUUGUUGUUUUUUUUUUUUUGU